UCCAGAGCUUUGUGUAUUGUACUUUCUUGAGUGAGGUUUUGUAUUUCUCUGUCGGUUUUGGCAAGGAUUGAUUCGUAUGUUUGCCCUUAAGUCAACACCGGUUCCAGUUGAACAGUUCUUUGCCAUUAAAGCCUGCAUUCAUAGGUUCGUUGGAUGCAUUUGGAAGCAAAGUUGACAUGUUCGUGGACUGAAACCUUGAGCAGCACCUGUUGCAGCAGGUAUUGAAAAGGAAUCCAUUGCCUUGUAGGCGAACUCCUUCUCAUGUUUCCAGCCACCUCUGCUUUUUGGCAAGCACCAUGAGGGAAGUGCUCUGCUUCUGCCUGAUUUUGUCUUUCUUAUGGGAACAGAUGGUGAGUGCUUAUGAAUAUAUGAGCAGUAUUUUUUUAGUGACUCAUCCGUCCAAGCAAGGAGCCUCAGACUGUUCCCGGCAGCCGACCAAGAUGGACGUAAGCAAACUGGAAGAGCAAUACGACUGUCUAAAGCAGAAGCAAAAGCAGCAGACACACAUUAUUGUAUUUAAAACAGGUGAAGACGAGACCAUUGCUAAAGAAUCUAUGGUCAACCCUGUUAUAAUUAACAAGAAAGCGAAAGGGGGAAAAGCAUCCAAAGAAUGGGUUCCUGUCAAAGAAGUCUGCCUUGAUCUGCCCCUUGGUGAAAACAUGCAAGAUAGUUCACCAUGGCGGAUACACCUAGAGCUCCACCGCCUUGAACAAGGAGAACAUAGAAAAAUAAUCCCUUGUGAUGUUGUGCAAAACAAGAAUGAACAAGUUAACAUUGGCAGAAAACUAUCUCAGGAGGAAAGUGUGAUAUGUGAAGAAUCAUUAACAAGUUGUGAGCAAUCCAUGGGGCUCCUGAGUGAGCAGGAAAACCCAAUCCCUGUUGAAAAGACAUAUAAUUCCAAUCCAUCUUUCACACCAGUGACUUGGACACACUCACAAAUGUCAGCCUCAAAACUGGCACCAUCAUCCAAUAAGUUGCCCUAUUAUCCUUUCCCCCAGAAAAAGACUCGUAAGAUUUCUGAAGCUGCCAGAAGACUUGGACUGUAUGUUUCUCAAUGAGGAGCCAGAUUCUUCCAUCUGUAAGGAAGGAACUGUAUGUUCAGUUCUGUUGGAUAUGGGCAACCGAAUCGGGAACGAUAGCAAACGUAGAGGCAUCAUGCUUUAAUGGCUAGUCUGUGUUCCCAAUUAAGACUAGUAAUCGAGGAGAUUAUAAUUACAAUAGUUCUAUUCUGCAGAAGUAACUAAGUAGCGAGUCUUGUGCCUGUGCAAAGUACCAUACAGAGCAAGGGAAAUGGCAGCAGUUUUAUACAGAGGUUUUUGAAAUCCACACACAACACAACACCCAGGAAUAUAAUUCCCUUCAGAACUGUGGGCUGUUUUUAUACUAUAGAGCAGUUGCUGUUGAUGUUGUUGGUGUUACAAAGCUCUUCUAUCCUUGCUUUUGGCUCAC